AUGUCCAGCUACUUUGAUGAACUAGGAAUUAACCAUGGUCAAAGCAAAAAGAAAACAUACGAUGUUGACCUGGAUGCAUUCAUGAAUCCAGGUUCUGGUUCAAUCCUAUCGCCAGGCUCAAGCAGACAUGGAGGCGAUACUACAGCCAAUGUGCAGCAGUUGAUACAAGCAGCCAACUUCUUUAAUCAAUUUCGAGAACAAAUGCAGGCAGGAGGUGAUGCUGAUCAAGAGCAGUUUUUAGACAACCUUGUAUCACAACUUUUGGAAGAAUCACAGAGCAACGCAAAAGGGCCUCCACCAGCAUCCAAGCGGUUUAUUGAUACACUGCCUACUGUCAAAAACAGCACAUUGGAAAGCGAAGAAACCUGUAUUAUUUGUAAGGACAACUUGAAGAGCAGUGAGGGCGCUGUGACACGAAUGCCAUGUGGACAUUUGUUUGAUCGCGAGUGUAUUGUGCCAUGGCUCGAGCUGCAUCAUACAUGUCCCAUGUGUCGAUUUGAGGUGGAGACGGAGCAAAAAGCUCAGGAAGAAGAAGAGGAAGAGCAGCGAGGAUGGAUGUAUGGAUAG